AUGAGGCGUCAGGAUUUCAGAGAUACACCUCACCAUGGCCUUACAAAGAAAGAUCUUUGGACCUUCUAUGACCCCAGGUCGCAGGGCAAGGGAAAAGCUUCAAUACCGUCUAUUAAGGAGCUGCGCAGGAAAGGAAAUGCUGCAGAGCGCCUCAUACAUGCCCCCGUGUCGAUUCAUCUCAUGAGCCACUCUAUAUCCUCUGGCAUGCUCAAGUGCCGAGCUCCAGCAACUUCAAGCAUACGGACCACCCAUACUACCAAGCAACAAAAUUCAAGUUCGGUAUUAAAAAGUAUGGACUGA